UUGGUUGUAGAAUUAAUAUUUUCAUAAUUGCAGGGGGAUGGGUUUUGAAUUUGCAAUUUAUUGAAUGCCUUAUUUUUUUUUGGUUAUGGGAUCUUUUGUGGGUUAAGUUUGCUUGAUUCAGAUAGUAGAAACAACCUGCUUUUGGGGAGUGCUGUUGGAACUCUUAGAAUUUGGUUUCCCUUGGUAAAUUAGGGUUUACCUUUUUUUAGCCAAUGGAGCAGUUCAAAUUGCUAGCAGAAUCUCAUAUCAAAGAGGAAUCAGUUAAAUGGGAUCCAGCUGAAGCAUGCAGGCCUAUCAUUGAUGAAGCACCUGUAUUUCAUCCAACUAUUGAGGAGUUUGAAGAUACGCUUGGUUACAUAGAAAAAAUACGCCCAAAGGCUAUAUCAUAUGGCAUAUGUCGGAUUGUUCCUCCAUCUUCGUGGAUUCCACCCUGUCCUCUUAAAGAGAAAGACAUAUGGGAACAUGCUAAAUUUUCUACUCGUAUCCAGCAAGUUGACUUGCUUCAAAAUAGGGAACCCAUGAGAAAGAAAAGCAGGGGACGGAAGCGAAAAAGAAGGAAGCACUCAAGAAUGGGAACAAGCAGGAGACGUACUGAUUCUGGUUCAGACGCUAAUGUUGCUUCUGAGACUGAUGAGAAGUUUGGGUUUCAUUCAGGAUCAGACUUCACGCUUGCAGAUUUUCAAACAUAUGCUGAUUAUUUUAAGGAGUGCUAUUUUGGAACAAAGGUUGCUAAAGAGGACUUAAACUCCAGCGAAAAUGAACAGAAAAAAAGAUGGGAGCCCUCUGUGGAGGAUGUUGAAGGCGAAUACUGGCGGAUAGUUGAGCAACCAACAGAUGAGGUUGAGGUAUCCUAUGGAGCUGACUUGGAAACAGGAGCAUUUGGAAGUGGGUUUCCUAAGGCAUCGUCCAUGUUAACUGAAAGUGACGCAAAUCAGUAUGCGAUGUCGGGUUGGAAUCUGAAUAACUUACCACGCCUGCCAGGUUCUGUACUAUGUUUUGAAGGAAGUGAUAUCUCGGGAGUUCUAGUGCCAUGGCUCUAUGUUGGGAUGUGCUUUUCUUCUUUCUGUUGGCAUGUUGAGGACCACCACCUCUAUUCACUAAACUAUCUACACUGGGGUGAUCCAAAAAUAUGGUAUGGAGUACCUGGAAGCCACGCUUGCACUUUGGAAGAUGCAAUGAAAAAGCAUUUACCUGAUUUAUUUAAAGAACAGCCAGAUUUGCUUGAUGAACUGGUUACUCAGCUAUCUCCUUCAGUUCUAAAAUCUGAGGGUGUACCAGUAUAUCGAGCUGUUCAGCAUUCCGGUGAAUUUGUUCUUACCUUUCCGAGGGCAUACCACUCUGGAUUUAAUUGUGGCUUCAACUGUGCAGAGGCCGUGAAUGUGGCCCCUGUUGAUUGGUUAGUACAUGGCCAGAAUGCAGUAGAGCUUUAUAGUGAGCAGCCUCGCAAGACAUCAAUUUCUCAUGACAAAUUGUUAUUAGGGUCUGCUCUGGAAGCUGUACAGGCCCUUUGGGAGCUAUCCAUUCUUGUAAAGGAAACUCCAAGAAAUUUGAGAUGGAAAGGUCUUUGCGGAAAAGAUGGGGUACUUACCAAUGUAGUUAAGACAAGGGUAGGAAUGGAAAAGGAAAGAACAGAUAGUCUUCCAAGUGCUUUGAAGUUGCAAAAGAUGGAAAGGGACUUUGAUUGGAGAAAAGAGAGAGAAUGUUUAUUUUGCUUCUAUGACUUACACUUAUCCGCUGCCGGCUGCCAGUGCUCUCCUGAUCAAUUUUCAUGUCUUAAACAUGCCAACCAAUUUUGUUCAUGUGAAAUUGACAAUAGAUUUGUCCUUCUGCGCUACACUAUGAAUGAGUUAAAUACACUGGUUGAAGCAUUGGAAGGAGGAGUGGAUGCAAUUAAAGUAUGGACAUCAGAUGAUUCAGGAUUGGUUUCUGCUAAUGACAAGGUUUUUCGUGUAGCUAAGCUAGAUGAUGAAAGUGACACAUAUGGAACCAAGUCUCCUGAUCAAAGGGAAAGUCCUUGUUACCUGGAAACUGAGGAGAAGUUGAACAUGAAUGUGCCUUGCACUUCAUAUAGUCAUGUUUCUUCGGAAGUUAUCCAGUCAGGCUCCCAGCAUGCAUCAUUUUGUUUAAGCACAUCUCACAUCAGUAUAGAUAGUCAUAAUGCAAUCAUAAAUGAUGAAAAUUUAGUGAUGAACAAUGAAGGUACGGUGGGGCAGGAUUGCUGUAUUGAUCUGGAUCUCAACGUUCUGUGUGGUGAAGAUGAAAGUGGAUUGCUACCUAUAUCUGAUUGCUUUGAUAGCAAGGUCAUGUCAAAUGUGGAGGAGACAUGUAUGUCAAACUGUAUACAACAAAAUGUUCAUAGUUCAGAUACAGCAAGAGAACCAGAUCUAAUGCAACGGGAUAGCAACUGUAAUUUAUCAAUCUCACAUGUCCUUCUAAACAAAGAUUAUCCUUUGUAUUUGAGAGAUCUUGAGCAUACUUGUUCAAAUGAUGGUAACAAGUUGUUUGGGGUUGAUCUUUUGUCUUUGCAUCCACAUUCUAAAAUAUCAUCAGACAGCUCGUUGGAAACAGAAAUGUUGGAUACCUCAGAUGUAAAGAUAUCCACAGAGGAUGGCAUUUAUCCAACACGAAAGUUGGAUCUUUGUGUUGAACCAAUAAAUUUUGGGACUGUCAUGUUUGGAAAGCUUUGGUGCAGUAAGCAGGCCAUAUUUCCAAAAGGAUUUAGAAGCCGUGUUAAGUUUUUUAGCGUGCUUAAUCCAACAAAAAUUUGUAGUUACAUGUCAGAAGUACUUGAUGCUGGCCUUCUCGGGCCACUUUUUAAGGUUACUUUAGAAGAAUUUCCAUGUGAGACUUUCACAAAUGUCUCAGCAGACAAGUGUUGGGAAAUGGUGCUUCAGAGACUAAACCAAGAAAUUAUAAGACACGGCAGCAUAGGCGAGCGAGGACUGCCCUCUUUGCAUGCUUUGCAAAGUGUUAAUGGGCUUGAAAUGUUUGGGUUUGUCUCUCCACCCAUUAUUCAGGCUAUCGAGGCUCUUGAUCGCCAUCAUCAAUGCACGGAGUACUGGAAUCACAAGCAUACAACAACUGUGACUUUGGACAAGAAUAUUGAUGUCCAUAAUAAGUACUCAUGCAGAUUGAGUUGCUCUAUAGGAGACACAGAGGACAAAGAUUUUGAUAUCAAUUUGACAAAGCAGGAGCAGGAUAAUCCAUCUGAAGGGAGAGGUGAUGAGCCAAUGGAUGAAGAGGUAAAGUUACUACGAGGACUGUUAAAAAAGGCAAGUCCAGAAGAGUUAAGAAUAAUGCAUCGGGUAUUCUGCAGUGAGUCACAAAAUGCAGAAUGGAGAAUGGCAUUCACAUCAUUGAUAGAGGAGAUCCAGAAAUCCUGUAGAUAAUAAACAAGGAAAAGAAAUAGGUCCCAUCAUUCUUUUUCAUUCAAGGUAGCUUCUUAUUCUAUUUAGUCGAAUAGGCCCUAUUCUUUCUAUCAAAGAUCCAUAAAAGGGGAAGACAAAAUCCUGGACAAAUAUGUCCAGUGGAUGUAGAGUCUUCAUUUGAUGAUUCGCAAAUAAGGCUGCUGUUUAGGAAAUUUUACCGGCGUUUUUGAAAUGCGCGUCCGCUCACUGUAUACGCUGAUACGGUUUAGGUUUAACUAUAUUAUCAUUUUCUAACUGCCAUUGAUUUCUAUAUAGGGAUUUGUAUACAAUACAAAUGUCUCUGAAACUGAUCACUGUGAGGUGAAAUGACACCAAAUUACAAUUCGUUUCAACAUGACUCAUCAUAUAAUUUCUAGGAAGCAUAAGUACCUACUCUUCUCUUGUUUGGUGAUGGUGUUCUGUACUCUCUCGUACACCAAAUAUACAAUGAUGUAUGAUUUAAUUAAGUGUUUCAUUUACCAUUCGAGAAAUGAUUCUUUUCCACCCCCAUCCAACUCCUUUGCAAAUUCUCAAUUGGAGUUGGACGGGGAAGGAAGUGAAGCAUGUCUCCUUUUCUGUUUGUACUUUCAGUUGUACAACCAGUUUUUUCU